AUGAGGAUCUGCAAAAAGGAGUGGGACAAAAUCCCUCCUGAGAUGCGUGCAAACCUGGUGGCCAACUACAUGAAACAUCUGACCUCUGUGAUUGCCAACAAGGGUUUUGCCACCAAAAAGGACAAAGUUGGUUCAUCUUCUGAUGGAGAAACUGGAUCUACAUCCACAGAGCAAAAGUCAAAGAAGAGUUUCUCCUGCAUCACCUGUGGAAAAACAUUCAGCAAACAGUGUAAUUUAACAAGACAUGCCAGAAAGAAAAAACACACAGAACAGAAAGAUUUCACCUGCAAGAUAUGCAACAUCAGUUUUCUGACCUUCAAAGAGAAAACACUUCAUUCAAAAGAGCACAGUGUGAAGAAGGAGUUUCACUGCGAACACUGCGGGAAGAUAUUUUUCAACACUCUUUAUAGUAUGAGAGCUCACAUAAAGACACCCGAAGAAAAGUCAUUCCAGUGCAACGAAUGUAACAAGUUUUUCCGCAACAAACGAGAUAUUUCAAAUCAUAUGAGAAUCCACACGGGCGAGAAGCUGUACAAGUGCCCUCACUGCGAGAAGAGCUUCAGCCAGGGAACUUAUCUGAAGAAACAUCUACUCACGCACAGCAAUGAGAAUCCGUAUCAGUGCAGUGAAUGUGGAAAACCUUUUACAAGCUCAGCUUCUCUAAAGUUACACCAAAAAAUGCACUCGGAUGACAAACCAUAUAAGUGUUCACACUGUGAGAAACGGUUCCGUCAUUUGUUUCACAUGAAAAGCCAUGAGCGGAUUCACACGGGAGAGAAACUGUACCUGUGCUCCGACUGCGGGAAGGGCUUUGCUAGUUCAUUUGCUUUUAAAGUUCAUCAGAGACGUCACACGGGAGAACGAACAUAUCACUGUAGUGAUUGUGGGAAGAGUUAUUUGAAGGCAGGUGACUUAAAAAUGCACCAGAUGAUUCAUACUGGAGAAAAACCUUUCUAUUGCUCCAUCUGCGGCGAGAGAUUCACUUUUAAAUGGGGUUUAAAGACGCACCAGAAGAAACACGCUGCUCAAAAACCACCAUAG